UGAAGACGAGUGGAGCAGAGCAUGGGGUCACAGCAGCGCUGCUACCUGCCCACAGGAAUUAAAGCUGAAUGCUAGAAGAGUAAAGAUCCAUCCGUCCAUGAUGUUUGUGGGAACUUCUGUGGGUAGCAGCCCCACCUCUCCAGUCCCGGCCCACGGUCCUGAUUAUCAGUCAGAUGGUCCAUCCCCUCCAUGCUGGUUAACUCAGGCUCGGUGCGACCUCGCCCAGGCCGAGGCCGAGCUACGACGCCUACAAGAGCGUCACGUGACCGAGACCGAAUCUGUCAAGCGAGCUGUUGAACGAGCCAUAUUGGGAGCAAGGAGAGAAGAGCGCCGCCUGCUGGAGAGGGUGGAGCAGGACCACCGGGACACUCAGCAGCGUCUGGAGCAGGUCCAGAGGGAAAACACAGCAGCUGCCCGGGUCAGUCAGUCCCUGCUGGACCAAAGGCUCCGGAAAGUGGCUCAGCUUCAACAGCAGGUUCAGGAUGCUGGCCAGUCAGUUCUGAAGGAAAGUGUUCCAAACCAGAACCUGCUGCUAAAGGAGGUGGCAGAGUUCCUACAGCCCUGGGAAAUCUCAGUUGCCCUGAAGAAAGUGAACUUCAAACCCAGCCCCCAACCUAAUGCCGUCACCUUCGGAGACAUUCGGGUGCAUGAACAAAGCCUUUGUCUGCAUGUUGGUGGUUGUGGUCCACAGGGACAGAUGUGUGCUCUCCAUUCACAGGAGAUCCAGUCUGAAGAUACAAACCAUCAAGGUUCUGGAACAGAGAAGAGCAAUGAAGGACAGGGCUGGACCUCACCAACAGGGAGGGUAGUCAGAAAGAUCAGCCUCUCUAACCGGAGUGAUCUGGGGUCAGAGGAGGAACAAAAGAUCUCUACCGCAAAGAUAAAUCGCUGGCUUCCGAAGUGUGAACAGUCUGAGUGGGAAUCUUCUCAAGAAGACGAGAUAGAUUCAGGUUCCUUCCAGUCGCAAGGGGAGGAUGUAUUUCUGGCUGUCCCUACGGUGCUCAAAAACAUGGAUAUUGAAGGCAAGGAUCAGGUGUACAAGAUGAACAGUAAUGAAAAACAACACUCACCAAGAAACCAGAGGAAGCUUCUUUCUGUACCCUCCAAUAGGAUGCCAUCCCCCUCACCUGAACGAAGACGGGACCAUGCUAAGCUGGGUCACUGCCUGAGUUUAAACAGUCAGAAUGGAGAUAAAAGAAUGAUGAGUCAAGAGUGCAGUAGUAGACUGUUAAGGUACGGGAACAGCACCCUAGCAUCUCCCAGGAUGACUCCAAGAGACUCUCUGGCCAGCCAAAGCUGCCUCGACCUCACCUCCAGGGGUCGCCCUCACUCUCGCCUCAGCCAGUCCUCGGAUGAACACUCUCUGGGGACCCUUGGUGAUUCUGGUAGAGCUCCAUCUCCAACAGACAGCCUCGACUCCAGCUACACCUUCAUCGUCAGCCCGUCUCAUGACUACAGUCUGAACAGAGGCUCUUUGAACUACAGUUGCCGCUUAUCAAAGUCUGCAGUUGACUUGACGCACAAAACACAUCCGCUGAUCAGUGGUGGGACCAAUGAUCACGGAGUGUGGAAAGUUAAGUGUAGCAACUUCAACUCCAUGUCAAGCUCCACCUCAGCCUCUCCAGCUCUCAAUAGGGGACCUCGGGCUUCUGACAUGGGGCAGACCUCCUCUUACCUGACAUAUAGAGGUCAGAAUAUGUUGCACCAGCCACAGAAAAAAGUCGCAGCAGCUGCAUCAAAACAACAGCUCGUGGCUCGGUCUUUGUCCAUGUCGGUCAUAGAUGGUUCCUCUCAAGACCCAAGGAAAGGCAGAGGAGAAAGAGGAGAACCAGCACUUGUGGAGUUAGAGGAAGAAGGUGACCCAUCCUUCUCGCUAUUUAACCCCAGAAACGUCCCUCUUAUUGGGCAGUUUGGAAAGCAGGGUUCGGGUCGGGCUGACCUUACCUUGCCCAGCGGCAUCCAUGCAACACCCCAGGGCCAGCUCUUUAUAGUGGACUGUGGAAAUGCACGUGUUCAGGUGACGGACCUUCGGGGAAAUGUCCUCCAGCAAGUGACCUCCCCAACUGCUGAUGGUUCUGCCAGACGAUGUCGAAACUACUUUGACAUCGCUGUCAAUGCGAAGGGUCUGAUUGCACUGAGCUGUGCAGCAGAGAGAGCCCUGCUGGUGUUCAGCCGACAUGGCCGACUGCUCCAGACCUUUGGAGGGUCUGGGUUGGGCUCUGCUAAAGAUGAACUGGAAGCUCCCAGAGGUGUGACUGUAACCAGGCUGGAUGAGUUCUUAGUGGCUGAUAUCCGGAAAGGUACCCUCGUUGCCCUGAAGCUUGAGACUAAGACUGGCUCCCGUCUGGAGCGCACAGUGGUGACCGGAUUCCACAGACCAUACUUAGUGGCAGCCUGCUUAAGCUCAGGAAUGAUAGCCGUGUCCGAAAGGGGCAACGAAACAGGCCGAGUGCCUUGUAUCAAAGUCCUGGAGCCAGGAUGGAACACAGUGAGGGUUCUGGGUGUAUGUGCUGGCAUGGGGCCGGUCCUGGCCUGCCCCUGGGGUAUCUGUAUAGAUACAGAUGGUAAUGUGCUGGUGGCAGACUGGGGGGAGCAGCACAGAGUUCUGUUAUAUCCUGCUCAGGGAACAGGGUGGCCCAUAGUAAACCAGGGCUUGAGUAGUCCUCGUGGUCUGACGCUGUUACUUGAGGGUCAGCUAGCCGUUUCAGACAGCAUGCAUCACUGCAUUAAGAUCUACCAGUACAAAGCAGCCCGAGCCUAGAAAGAGCUGACAUGUAAGGAGACACAAUGUUCAAAGAAAACGAUCUCAAAGCAAAUCAGGCACAUCUGAAUAAUAACUAUUAAAUCAAUCAGCUGCAGCUCCUGGACUCACACUAAACUUCUGCAAUUAGACUGACAAAUGAUGUGUUGGUGGCUGGUCUGGCUGGACUGGAGGAGUCAUGAGUCCACCUGGAUUUGAAAGCCAAAGGCUGUCCAUUCAUCAUUAAAAGAGAAAGCUAUAAAGCUAAGCUGCAGAGAGAAAACUGAGCAUCCACAGCUUUCACUGCAGCGUGCUAGUUUGUUUUUGUUGAGCUGCUCUGAAGCAUUCAGGCUCAGAUAGAAUUACUGUUUGUUUGUUUCUGACUGUGGUUUGUAGAUUGGAGUUCAGUUACAGUCUGCUCAGUGUCUGUGUGCUGCUGCUGUGAUACCAGAGCUGCUAACAGGCAGGCGAUAACUGAGGCCAGCAUUCACUGUAGUUUUAAUAAUGUCAAACAUGAAUGCACAGACAUCUGCUACUAUAAUUUAUUACACUUGUUAAAGAAGAGAGAGAAUUUUAAGUGGUGGGACAGAGAUUACUUUGUGCUCCAGUGUGGAAUUUUUAUUUUGAUGUGUUUGAACCAGAAGGAUUUCAGUGUUUCAGUUGAACCUUGUCAUGAUUAGAUUCAGGAAUUCCUUUAAAUUCUACAAUUUGUCUCAUUGUCACUGAUCUUUACUGACAGCGAGCGGCACUCAGCGGCUCCUUUCAGUCCUCCCACUCCCCUCUUUUACCACAAGUGUCUGUCAUGUAAAUCUACCGCUCUUUGAUGGAUCUGUAUUUAACACGUGGAUACGCUGAUGCCUUCAAGUACUCGUGGGUGGAGCCAGACUGCCAUCCAGAUUUUCUUUAGUGAGAUGUGUCUGUGCGUUGCAGAUGUUUUAUUCAGGAGGUCGCUGCUUAUUUGGGAUGUGGAGUUAUUAGGUGCACGUUUACGCAGAUACUUUGCUGCAGUUUUUCAUUUUUGGGGGAACUUUUCACUUUUACAUGAACAAGAGUUUUGAAAUUGCAUCACGCACAUGAGGGGAAUCUCUCUAAUUGCAGGCGUGCAUAAAUGACAAGAUUUGAAAUAAUGGUGCAUCACACAUGACAGGAUGUUACUGAGAUGAUCAGGCCAGAGGAAGCAAUCAGGAAGCAGCGUCUUCCUCAUCAGAUAAACUAUAUCUAAACGGUGUAACGUGAGAAACAAACAAAAGCAGAAGGCUAAAGGAGUGUGGACAAGAAAAGGUUUGCAAACCUGGUUAGUAUAGUUUGUCAACUCUGAUGUUUUAAUUAUCAGUUUUGCUAUCUGUAUCUGCUAUCUGCUAAUGUUAGCAUCAAUGCUUGGAAACAGAUUCUCCAAGGUGCUCUGGACAGUAGUGUGAUGAUCAUAAUCAUCCAAUUUUUAACUCAAAUGUAUCAAAUAUCUUUAAUAUUAUCGAAUCGGACUUGAUGAGUCUGUGGAGGUUUAACAUUGGAUCAGUAAACCGCUCACAAUAUCAAAUAAUCUGCACCGAACAUCACAAGAUCCCAAAUCAGAUUUCUCCUCCAACCGUCGGGUAAAACGUGGAAACUCGGCCAGGAACUCCCGACGUGAGCCGUUGUUUUGUCCAGUACUACCGUACUCAGAUACACAUGUGGACAAAAUUGUUGGUACCCCUCGGUUAAUGAAAGAAAAACCCACAAUGGUCACAGAAAUAAUAUAAAUCUGACAAAAGUAAUAAUAUAUAAAAAUUCUAUGAAAAUUAACAAAUGAAAGUCAGACAUUACUUUUGAACCGUGGUUCAACAGAAUUAUUUUAAAAAAUAAAUUCAUGAAUUAACUUCGCUAAAUUUAUCUUAAGAGUUGGUUGCACAUAUUCAACCGAAGACUUUUAUACUCUGUAACAGUAAAACAACUAACGUGUGUCCGAAGUUUUAGAAAUGGAAAUAAUUAUGGGUUAGACAGUUUUUAUGUGAUCCUUCAACUGUUCUAAAACUAUAAACAAUGAAGUUUUAACCUUCCAAAUGUAGAAGUAAAUGAUUAGUUGUUCUUAAAUACAGCUUAGACGUUGAUGCAUCAAUAAUUUAAUGCUGAGAUAAUCCUUCACUAUCUGUACUUUUACUUUUGAUACGCACAUUUUUUUGUUAGUUUUUUUUUUUUAAACUCCUAAUCCUUUCCACUUUUUGUUAAGUUAAUAUUUAAAUUCUGUUGUUGUAUUGGUAUUUUUAACUGACAAAACUGCUGGAGCACUUUUCUGCUGCUUGGAUUCCAUCCAAAGUGUUCCAACAUUCUCAUCCUCCUCUUAGACAAAACCAUGACAUUUUAAAACAGAAACAAUACGCUGGAAGGCUUCCAGCUGUGAGUGUGAGCUAUUAUCCAACAAGACAAGCUUGUUAUGUCUCGUCACUUUUACUUUCAUGACUAUAAACAUGUUUAUUUGUGGGAAAUCCACAGUUUUAAUGAUGUGCAUGUUAAAAGGAAUUUAAAAAAAAUAAAAAAUA